AUGCAGUCUGCGGAGAUCUUCGUGGGCUCUAUCGACCAAGGCACAACAAGCACUAGGUUCCUGAUUUUCGAUCACGAUGGCGAGCCAGUAGCCUCGCACCAAGUCGAGUUCAGCCAGAUCUAUCCACACCCAGGCUGGCACGAACAUGACCCCCUCGAACUGGUAACCUCAGUAGAAACCUGCAUGAAAGCCGCAGUCGACAAGUUCGAAUCCGCAGGCCACAACCGCAGCAGCGUAAAAAGCAUCGGAAUAACCAACCAGCGCGAAACAACCAUAGUUUGGGACCACGAGACAGGCGAGCCCCUCUACAACGGCAUUGUCUGGACAGACACGCGCUCACAGUCCAUCGUCUCCGAACUAAAGCAGAAACCCGGUGCAGCCCAGCUCCAGGCAAUAUGCGGUCUCCCGCUGUCAACCUACUCAUCGGCGACGAAGCUGCUCUGGAUGCUGACGCAUGUACCGAAAGUGCGGGAUGCAUUUGACCGUGGGACUUUGGCGUUUGGGACUGUUGAUUCUUGGCUCGUGUAUCGUUUGAAUGGCGGCGCGGCGGCUAACGUCUUUGUCUCGGAUUCGACAAACGCCUCGCGCACUAUGUUUGUUAACCUUGAAACUGUGCGGUAUGAUGAGAAUUUGCUUGAUUUCUUCGGGAUCAGGGGGAAGAUUCAUUUGCCUAGGAUUGUGCCUUCUUCUGAUCCUGAGGCUUAUGGGGUUGUUGCCUCUGGUGUCUUGGAGAGUGUUCCAAUUAUGGGGUGUCUUGGGGAUCAGUCUGCUGCUCUUGUUGGACAGAAGGGCUUUUCUCCGGGCAUGGCGAAGAAUACUUAUGGGACUGGGUGUUUUCUGCUGUACAAUGUUGGCGAUAAGCCUGUCUUUUCGACUCAUGGGUUGUUGGCUACGGUGGCUUAUCACCUUGGUGGCAAGCCUGUCUAUGCUCUUGAGGGAAGCAUUGCUGUUGCAGGCUCUGGGAUCAAAUUCUUGCAGAAUAAUCUGGAAUUCUUCAGUGAGUCGAAAGAGGUCAAUGACCUAGCCAACUCGGUCGAAGACAAUGGCGGAUGUGUGUUUGUCACUGCUUUCAGUGGACUAUUCGCACCCUAUUGGGUUGAUGAUGCCAAAGGAACCAUAUUUGGGAUAACCCAAUACACCCAAAAAGGUCACAUCGCACGCGCAACCCUAGAAGCAACCUGCUUCCAAACCAAAGCCAUCCUCGUCGCAAUGGAACAAGACAGUGGCCACACACUCUCCGAGCUAGCUGUAGACGGAGGUAUGAGCAAUUCGGAUUUGGCAAUGCAGACCCAGGCAGAUUUCAUCUCCAUCCCAGCCUACCGUCCCAAGAUGCGGGAAACAACUGCCCUCGGCGCAGCCAUUGCAGCCGGUCUCGCCAUCGGAAUGUGGCGCAAUUUCGCCGAACUACGUGAUAUCAAUCGUGCCGGUGGUACAGUCUUCGAGCCUCAGAUUAAUCCUCAAGAGAGUGCUGUCAAGUUUCGGGAGUGGGAGAAAGCUGUUCAGAUGAGUAGGGGCUGGGUUAUAUCCGAGAAAUCUCAAGAAGAAGUCGAAGGAGCGAAGAAUAAUACAACCCGGACACUAGUCAAAGAGAGUCGGGAUCGCCAAACAGUCAGCCCAUGUCACUCGCACUUGUAUGAAACUAACCAAAUUAUGGGAAACCACAAACUAUCCAGGUUCAGUUAUUCCCCGGCCUACUCAAUCCUGGAUGGAGAAAAUGCACCCAUGGAGACGCAUCAUCUGUCGAAACAAGUGGUUCCACUGCGUUCCAACUCAGAUACGAAGAAGGCACCUUGUGUUACAGCUACUGUCAAGGAGAUAACACAGACCUCCAUUGGCGAGAUCAAGUUCCCGUCUUCGAAGACGCCAUUGGUUAGUUUCUUGAGUGAUAUGUCAAGCCCAGACGAGGAGGAUUUGUAUCUGGAAUUGAGGAAGGUGGAGAUUUUACAGAGGCUGAAGGCAUUGCAAAAGCCCAAGGUAAAAUGUUAUUGA